AUGAUCCUAGUACAAUCCUCCAAUGGCUUGCUCAACGUCCUCAAAGUGCUGCAAAAGGCCGACCACUUCUGGAGUGCAAGUCAGCAGGAUUGCAGCAGACUGGAGCUUUCAGCCGGGAGGAGAAACGACCUGGAGGGUAUCCACAACCCGAAAUUUGCUGGUUCGAGUCAACCUAAUGGGUAUGAAGGUUUGACUAGGUCCGGUUGA